AAACCCAUCUUUUUGUGAGCCGGGCUUCCAUUUCUCCCCCAUCAUUCGAUGUGCGUUAUCCCAUCUCGCAACUCAUCUCCUCUUAUUUUCAUUUUUCUGCUUAAACCGACCAAAAAAAAAAAAAUAUUAUACAAACCACUCGACACACAACGCACCUCCAUUAAUUUAUUUCCUCCGCUCCGUCGCACCUGAACCAAGUCGCUAUCCAAUCUCCACUCACUUUUUUUUAUUUCUCUCUCUUUUUGUUUCCCUCCCCACGGUGUCAUCUAAUACCACAGAAAAAUAUGUCUUCGAUGUCGCUCCUCCGAAUCGCCUCGCGGGGUACCUCUAGGACUUUCUUCCGCGCAAACCGACCCGUCGCUCCCACUCGGGCCACCGCGUCCUUCGUCCCGGGUUUGAUUGCCGGCUCGAGCCUCAACUUCAGCACCACCGUGUCCCGAAACUCAGCUGCGCAUCACGAGGAGACUUUUGAGGAAUUUACCGCUAGAUACGAAGGUGAAUUUGAGAAGGUGCAGGAUGUUUUCGAGCUCCAGCGCAACCUGAACAACGCCUUCGCCUACGAUCUCGUCCCCUCCCCCUCCGUCGUCGAGGCUGCUCUCCGCGCCGCCCGAAGAGUUAACGACUUCCCCACCGCCGUGCGCAUCUUCGAGGGCAUCAAGGCCAAGGUCGAGAACAAGGACCAGUACCAACAGUACCUCGACGAGCUGAAGCCCCUGCGCGAAGAACUCGGCGUCGUCCUAAAGGAGGACCUGUACCCCGAGCAGUCCAAAUAGACGUGACUUGACCCUUCUGAUCUCGCUACGAACCCCCCUCUUCACUUUCACUAGUAGGAACGGUAAGGGCGAGACUGGGCAACACAUAGAAAUGAAGACAUUUAAAAGAAAAAAAGAUGCAUCGGUGUAUAGCAGGGAAAGCUAAGCUUGGAGGAAAGCAAGGAGACGAAGUGAAGAUGAGAUGAAAGGUGAGGAGAGAACAAGAGAGAGAACUGGUCCAGCAUGAAAAGAUCAUCAUAUUGUGUCUCGGAUCUGGUUUUUUUUUUUCCCUCGCCUGCAUGUGUAUAUGUCUACUACUACUACUACUACUACUACUACUACCACUACUUACUACCUUUUUACCACUUACCACUUACAACAACACUACUAUACUAUUCCUCAAAACGACGAAAUUAGAUACCGAAAAAAACACACCCCCUUGUCUCUCUCGGGGCUAAGAGAAGAAGAAAAGUAGUUAAGAGAAAAGAUGAAGCAUUGCAGAAGGAUGAUUGCUUUUUUUUUCCUGUGAGCUUUGAUUUAUUGGCUACAGUAUAAGAAUGAGGCGAGAUGCGACUUGUGAUAUCCGUCCACCUAUAUAAAUAAAGUCGCCACAUCUUUCCCUAUCACCGACUUAACUGAACUGAAAUGAACUUAAUGUUCCGUAAUCUUUCCCUUUCCUAAGAUAUACAUACACACCUAAGG